AUAAGGGGGAAAAUAGACUUUGCCACCACCAAGGCUUACUCAAGGACUCGAUUACCACUCAUCUACUUAGCCCCCGAAGAGCCAGAGGCCCAUUUGAAAUUUCGAUGUAACUUUUAAAAACAAAGUGAAACAACUCAAAUGAUAAAAAGGCGGAAAACUUGUCGUCAUCGUCGCCCAUCGUCUCUGCUAUUUUAGCUCGUUAGCUUAGCGACGCCUGCGUCCUCCACGUAACAUUUCUGCAGACCACCUCGUCUCUCUCUCUCUUUUUAUUCCAAGCAUCAUCACACCGAAGCGACGCAAAACCAGCAAGGGACACUCUUUUUUGCUAACAUAACCCCGGGGUAAAAACAAACAAACCAGUGAAGUCUUGAGUGUAGCUAAACUAGCGCCUGCUCGCACUCGCAGUGAUUCAUUCUGUGGUUUUUGUUAGCAUCCAACACAUCAUCUGAAUAUGAUUCCCGACAAGGCGCCCGAGGACGACGUCUUUCACGGGGGUGAGGAGAUACGCAGGGGGGCUCACGUCCCCACCUUUGAGAAGUAUAAGGAAAUGUACAUGCAAUCCAUCGAGGACCCUGACAAGUUCUGGGGCGACAUGGCCAAGGACUUCUUCUGGAAGGCCAAACAUACGGGUCGAUUCUUGGACCACAACUUUGACGUGACCAAAGGUGAGAUUUUCAUCAAAUGCAUGGAGGGAGCAUCCACCAACAUCUGCUACAACGUCCUCGACCGCAACGUAUACGACAGGAUGUUGGGUGACAAAGUGGCCUUCUACUGGGAAGGCAACGAGCCCGGUGAUGAGCUGACGGUGACAUACAGAGAGCUGCUGAACAGUGUCUGUCGCUUUGCUAACGUCCUAAAGUCACAGGGUGUGAAGAAAGGGGACCGAAUAGCCAUUUACAUGCCCAUGGUGGUGGAGUUGGUGGUGGCCAUGUUGGCCUGCGCUCGCAUCGGAGCCAUUCACUCCAUCGUGUUUGCAGGUUUCUCUGCUGAGUCGCUGUGUGACCGGAUUGUGGACUCGCAGUGUUCGCUGCUCAUCACUGCAGAUGGCUUCUACCGUGGGGACAAGCUGAUCAAUUUGAAGCUCUUAGCGGAUGAAGCUCUGCAGAAAUGCACAGACAAAGGAUUCUCACUUGAGAGGUGCAUCGUAUUGAAACAUUUAUCCAAAGAAGAUCAAGACCCUUCCCUUACCUCUCCUCCAGCCAAACGCCCUUGUCCUGACCUCCAGCAGGAGACAGAAACAGGCAGAGUAAGAAAAACUCGUCCUGUUCCACAGGUGCCGUGGAACCCGCAAGUGGACAAAUGUUGGCAUGCUCUGAUGGCUGACUCGUCAGACGAGUGUGAACCAGUGUGGUGCGCGUCUGAAGAUCCUCUCUUUAUCCUCUACACCAGCGGCUCCACUGGCAAGCCCAAGGGUGUCCUUCACACAGUCAGCGGCUACAUGCUCUACACCGCCGCCACCUUCAAGCUGGUCUUUGACUACCGGCCUGACGACGUUUACUGGUGCACGGCUGACAUCGGCUGGAUCACCGGACACUCAUACAUCACUUACGGGCCGCUGGCCAAUGGCGCCACCAGCGUCCUGUUUGAGGGUCUUCCCACGUACCCGGAUGUGAGCCGCAUGUGGGCGAUUAUAGACAAAUAUCACGUGAGCAAGUUCUACACAGCGCCCACCGCCAUCAGGCUGUUGAUGAAGUACGGCAGCGAGCCAGUGCAGAAAUACAAGCGAGACUCUCUGAAAGUUUUGGGCACAGUCGGAGAGCCCAUCAACCCUGAGGCCUGGCAGUGGUACUUCAAGGUGGUCGGAGAUGGUAGAUGUCCCAUCGUCGAUACGUUCUGGCAGACAGAGACAGGAGGACACGUGAUGACGCCUCUGCCGGCAGCCACGCCCAUGAAGCCAGGCUCUGCUACAUUUCCAUUCUUCGGAGUCGUGCCAGCGAUCUUGAACGAGUCGGGUGAGGAGUUGGAGGGCCCGAGUGAAGGUUACCUGGUGUUCAAGCAGCCAUGGCCCGGCGUGAUGAGGACGGUGUUCGGCAAUCACGGCAGGUUUGAAAACACCUAUUUCAAGAAGUUCCCGGGAUACUACGUGACUGGAGAUGGCUGCCGUAGAGACAAGGACGGAUACUAUUGGAUCACCGGGAGGAUAGACGACAUGCUUAACGUCUCAGGUCAUUUGCUGAGCACGGCAGAGGUGGAGUCAGCAUUGGUGGAGCAUGAGGCCGUCGCCGAGGCCGCCGUGGUGGGUCGGCAUCACCCCGUCAAAGGAGAAAGUCUCUACUGCUUUGUGACGUUACGAGAUGGUGUCGCCUUCAAUCACACGUUGGAGGUCCAACUCAAAAAUCAAGUGCGUGAAAAGAUCGGUGCCAUUGCCACACCCGAUUUCAUUCAAGAUGCUCCAGCGCUACCCAAGACCAGAUCAGGCAAGAUCAUGCGCCGCGUGCUGCGCAAGAUCGCCGGCGGCGAGCGGGACCUGGGCGACAUCUCCACACUGGCCGACUCUUCGGUGGUAGAGCAGCUUUUCCAGAACAGAUGCUCCACGCCCGUGUGACAACAUGCCAGGAUACCAGAUCCGUUGACUUACUCAUUACCUGAUCUUCUGCUAACAAAGGACAAUAAUUGAAGAACAAGGUGUGACUGUGUGAGGCUGAAUAGAUACCUUUUUUUUUCACUCUGACACACACCCAAUAUGAUUUAAGCUUACUUUAAUUUAUGUCUUAAAAUGUUUUUCCUUAAUUUGCUUUGUGGCAUGUCUGCUCUUUGUAUUCUUUUGGGGUUGUUUUCUUUGUCUUGUGUUUUUAAACAAAUAUGUUUUUGAUUAAAACAUAAAAAAGA